GCAGCAGGGCUCUGAAUCAGACGCCGCUUCCAUCGACCCUGGACGAGCUGCUCCCCUCCUCCCUCUCCCCCAGCUCUCUUCCUACACUCGCUCCUCCCUCUCUGCCUCCCUCACUGCCUCCUUCACUUUCUAACCCUCUUGCUCCUUCUCCUCCUCCUCUCCUCUUGGCUGUGGAUGCCCUCCUCACUUACAGUAUGGAUUCGGGAGGGGAAGGAGGAGAGGGCUGGAUGGAGGACCAGUGGGAGAAAUGGUUGACCCAUGACAUCAGCCUUGAUGAAUUUGAGGAUGACGACCUCUCCGAAAUCACAGAGAUCACAGAUGAGUGUGGGAUGAGCCUCAAUUGCAAUGGCCCAGAUAUAAAGAGCCGUGUGAGGCGAGGAACCAAUAGCAUGUCGGGGAAGGCGGAGCUAGGAGCAGUCGGCCAGCUUCAGGCAGAGAUGCUGCAUUUGGACCUCAUCGAUGGUGCUGACGGUUACCGCGGUGACAAAGAAUCCUCGAAGGCGUCUGCAAUUUCAACUCCGCCAGUCACCAAGGACCCUGCAGCACCUGUUACCAUGGAUACUUACCGGCCCAAGAGACCCACGACCCUUAACCUCUUCCCAAUCGUGCCACGCACACAGGACACGUUAAACAACAACUCCCUUGGUAAGAAGUACAGUUGGCAGGAGAAGGUUUCAGGCUCAUCCUCGCCCCUUAAAACAGGUGACCUCACCCCUCCACGUGAGCACAGCUGUCUAAGCGACGAGGACAAGGUGCACGGUGGGGGAGCCCAGACCAAAGACCGCGGGACCUCCACCGACGCCCCCUGCAGACACAGUCACACCUCGGGACACUCGCACAGCUCAUCUGCAGGGGCUGGGACACGGUCCAAGAUUCAGGAGAAGCCACCGGCACCACCACCACCACAGAACUAUACACCAGCUCCUCUAUAUCCUUCAGGGAAGGCGGAUGGCAGUGGGUCCCACAGGGAGAGGAUUAGAUACCACACAGAUGUUCAUAUAGAGCCAACAGAGGAGAUCUAUCUGACUCCUGUGCAACGUUCCGCAGAUCCCCUGGAACCCCCCACCGUCCAGGACCGGCCUUUCCUCUCACAGCAGACUGAGCAGGGACGCAUGUCCAUUAGCUCUGACACAGAGGGACCACCCCCUUAUCAGCCCCUCCCGGACCGGACCAACCCCUCCAUCUAUGAGGAAGACGAGAUCUAUGUCCCCCCACCGUCAUACGCUUCCUGUGUAGAGUCCCUCAUCACGCCACCUAGCACGGCUGUGUCAGCUCACUCCUCCCAUGCACUGGACCUCAGCCUAAAGGGGACAAGUACAGGAGCUGGGGCAAUGCUCAGGGCUGGGUCAUCAGUUGAGUAUGUUGAUGCCACAGAUGAAAGCUACUGUGGGGACGACGAGGAUGUGGACAGGUUAAUAAUGGACGCAAAGAUGAGAAAGGGAGGGGUAAAGGGAGCCGCCCCACCGAGGACUUCCAUGAGCUCAGAGGCCAGCGGCCUGACAUAUGACUCAGUUAAAUAUACAUUGGUGGUGGAUGAACAUGCUCAGUUGGAGUUAGUCAGUCUCCGGCAGUGUUACCAAGGCUACAGCGAUGACAGCGACUCGGCCACCGUCUAUGACAACUGUGUCUCGUCUCCAUACGAGUCAGCCAUCGGAGAGGAGUAUGAGGAAGAGGAAGAGGAGCAUGACCCUCGUAUAGGAGGAGUGCGUCGAGAGGCCACAGCGUGCCUAUCUGAGGAUUCUACUCCAGAGGCAGACCUCCACUUCUCCAAGAAGUUCCUCAAUGUCUUCAUGAAUGGGCGCUCUCGCUCCUCCAGUGCAGAAUCCUUUGGUUUAUAUUCCUGUGUCAUAAAUGGUGAGGAGAAGGAUCAGAGCCACCGAGCAGUCUAUAGGUUUGUCCCUCGGCACGAAGAUGAGUUGGAACUAGAGGUGGAUGACCCGUUGCUGGUGGAGGUCCAGGCAGAGGAUUACUGGUAUGAGGGCUACAAUAUGCGAACUGGUGCUCAUGGGGUCUUCCCGGCCUACUAUGCUGUAGAGGUGACCAAGGACACGGAGAACUACAAAGUAAAGAGCAAUGAAUGGAUUGACAGAUACCGCCUAAAGUUUCUGGGGUCAGUUCAAGUGCCCUAUCACAAAGGAAACGAUGUUUUGUGUGCAGCUAUGCAGAAGAUUGCUACUAACCGAAGGAUGACAGUCAAGUAUAACCCACCUUCCUCGUGCAUCCUGGAGAUCAGUGUGAAGGGCAUCAAGCUUUCAGUUCAAGAGGAUUAUUAUGCUUGUGAUAGAAGUAACGAGUGCAGUCACUUCUUCCAGUUAAAGAACGUCUCCUUCUGUGGCUAUCACCCAAAAAACAGCAAGUAUUUUGGUUUCAUUACGAAGCACCCAGCAGACCAGAGAUUUGCCUGCCACGUAUUUGUGUCUGAAAAUUCUACCAAACCUCUUGCAGAGUCAGUAGGGAAAGCCUUCCAGCUGUACUAUAAAGAGUUUGUGGAGUUCUCAUGCCCUACAGAGGACAUCUACCUGGAAUAGCCUUGCCUUUAACCACAACCCUGUAAAGUACGCUGUAUCAUAACAUAAUGUUGCAUGAAGGACAGAUAUACAUUAAUUUGGUAAAAGAAAAACAAAAAAGGGAAAAAUAAAACAUUAACACAUCUGACAAACAAACAGGUAUAGAAGGCCCAAGUAUCAGACCUGUGGUGAAAACCUUGGGCAGCAACCAGAGAUGAAAAUGAGCCAAAGGAGGGGUUUCCUGGGAAAUGAAAAUAUGCAAAAUGGCAUCAGUGAUGAGGCAAAAAUGGAAAGCACAAACAUUUUAACUCUUCAGUUUCUGCAAUGCUUGUUAGCCUGUAGCAUCAUGUCAGCAGGGGCAAAGCUGAAAGCCCAGGAGACAGUGUGGACGGCACCACUUUGUACGCUGGAAAGAAGAAAGAAAAAGCAGCAUUUAUGACUUGGAGGUGAACAAGCAAGUGAUGAUGGUUCAUUUUGUCUUGAAAUACUGUAACCAUUGUGUGAGCACGAGAGAGGUGUUUAUUUACUAAAGACGUAACAACCUCACAAUGAAAAAGGAAUACUAAAUAAAACCCAUGUAGGAACAGUGAAUUUUAUCCUUUUAUCACACCUAAUAUGAAGGUAUAUCCACAUUUAUUAAAAAAAGAGAAAAUCUAAAUAAAAAUCAGAUGCAGUGAUGUGCUCUGCAUUUUUGGGGUUCUUGCCACAUUUUUACUGCUUUUGUUAAACCCAGACACAGCAGCUUGAUCUGUACUGCAGAUUCAAGGUACAGUAAGUACAGUGUGAAUACACAAGAGUAGAAUAGGUUUGCUUUUCCAUUUAGCAGUUGGAGCUAACUAGUAAAGGUACAGCUGAGUAUCUAAAGUUAAUUUCAAAUAGUUUUAGUUGAAUGAAAUUAAAAGAUGGUUUCAGCUUCUCACUUUUCAGUCAGACAGGCAGAAGGUAAACCCUGGAGAUUCAUUUCUAUACUUCACAUGCUAAUGCUAAAUUAAAGUACACUUUAAACUACUUCUCUCUUGCAUCUGUGCGUCUCAGUAUUUGGAGAUUCACAUUGGUGGAGUUUUACUGGUGGAAUUUUUCAAUGUCGCCACUUGUCAAGGUCAAGGUCAAGGUAACUGUAUUUAUACCCAUAGGCAAGGUAAAUUUGCUUUACAGAAAAAAUGACAGCAUUUGGCAUCCCUUUAAAAACACACAUACCUAGUAAAGAUACAAACCUCACUGUGGCACAUAUAUAGUAAUUUAAUAUUUCGAAUCAAAAACAGUUCUUAUUUAAUUCAGUGACAGCAACGGGGACAAAGCUAUUUUUAUAACGCUUUGUCCUGCAUCUCGGAAAUAGAAACCUCCGUCCUGAGGGAAGAAGCUGAAAUUCACCCCUUAGAGGAUGGGAACCAUUUUUAAGGAUUGAUAAAGCCAUCCUCUGUACCUGCUUAGAGUACAGGGAAGCUAAACAAGACUAAACAAGACUUGUGGAAGUUUGCUCCUGGUGGAAAACUACCACAACAAAAGAUUGAUGGACAAACCAUGGACUGAUGGUUUUAACUCCCUGAUGGAGGCUUGUGUGCCUUAAUGCACUGGAGUUUUAGGUUAAAACCUAAAAUGAGGUUUCAACCAUACAACCAUGUAAUGAAACCGAAGUGUUUUGAGCUCAGGAGGUGCUCCUACUUAAAACAAAUUAAAUACUGAAAUCUCAUAUUCCCCUUUUCCACUAAGGUGAGGCAAGUCUUUUGUGGUAGUGGUAGUGUGCAAUUGGGCCUUCCAAAUGUUGGUCGGCUUUUUCUCGAGCCUUUGUAGUUUUAACUUUACGUCACAUGUAUAAGAAUAUGAACACAUCAAAUGAUUAACACUUUACCCUUUGAAAGGUUACUUUCGAGAGAGAGAGAGAGAGACUGAGGUGUCAAAAACCAUCAUCACGUUUACAGGGACAUUGACAAAUAUCAUCACUAUGGGAAAAAAAGGUCUCAGUUUUUUGCUGAACUUCUGUUGAGAAAUGAAGUGAAAAGAGACCAUUUGUCUCUCUCACUGACCACUGCUGGAAAACUAAUGAGGUGUAUUUGUAUAACUGCUACUGCUCGAUUUUGUAAUAUUGCCAGUCUUCUUAAAGUAUCAUCCAUACUGACACUUGGGUUUUUCUUCUAGAUGAUAUGCUAGUUGUAUUUUUUUUAAUAAUGGCCCCAGCCCAUUUUGUACUUUUGUCAUAGUUGAAAAGCAGCAAAGUGUUGAUGUUGCAUUGAAUAGUUCUUUGUGACAAAGGCAGAAUAAAGAACUCCUUAAAUGCACUGAGCAUUGUCCAUGCAGAGAAAGUUUUGAGGUACACAAGUGUGUACUUUAAGCAAACAUCUAUUGGUGCUCUCAUGCACAGCUCUGUCCAUAUGCUCAGUAAAGCCUUAGUAAUUCCUAGUCUAAUGACAGACAUGCAAUACUUCUUUACUGUGUGCUCUAAUUAGGUGUGAAAUUAGUGAUAAAGAUGUUUAACAGAGAAAAAAACCCAUCUGAGUUAGGCUGUUUACUCCUCCUUCAUACGACAUUUUUCUGCAACUAGAAUAUGACACAUUCUCAGACUGGUAGAAAGAAGAUAAUGAUGCUUGGUGCAGUAGGUACAGGUGCUAACGAGGGAGCAAAAACAAAACUGGUGUCUUCAGAUCUUCACUAGUAGUGCCUCUUUUUCAUGAGAUCAUUGUUACUUUUUUGAGUCAAUACAAAUUGAGUUGUUUUGCUGUGAUUUGCUCUUCAUUCCACUGCACUACACAUUAUUUGCUGUACAUGUGCUGGUAAUGUUCAGUUUUUCCUUUAUUCAUCCACGUUGGUAGAACGUGGAUGAGGGAGACCAGCAGAGAAGCUCCUCUAGCUCUUCUAGGUUUACACUUUCUGCAAACCUUCAUUUCUGCAGGCCAUCCUCAAACAGCAAACUCAAAACAGCUCCUUUCAGUGCAAAGUAGCAGCUCUAUCCUUUGCGCCACCCAAAUAACUGAGCUCCUAACUCUGUGCCUGGCAGAGCCAGGAUGGCCUUUAGUGUAAACACAUUGCUAACACCCAUAUCAGUGAUCAUCUUCUUUCAGCUCAUUGCCAUAGAUGAUGGUAGAAACAUGGAUUGAACUGUUAGUUAACAAUUUUGUGACACUCAGCUCACUGUUCACAGCAACAGUGUUUGUGGUGUCUGUUUCAAAACUCCUUUCAGAUCAUACAGAAUGAAUAUUUUACCCAAAAGAUUUCAAAUACACCUUCUCAUUAUGUCUCUGAUAUCCACAGGAGUAUGUAUACAUAUACUUGGGAAAUUAUGAAUUUUAUUAUUAGAGAAGGAGCUGUGUUUAAUUAGCUCAUGCCUGAGAUUUCACAAGUUGGGCCUGAUUGAGAACUUAGUCACAUUGAAAAGAAACAAAAACUUGACCCAAGUGUUAUGGAAGUCUAUUGAUGUCCUGUUUGUGAACAUGUGAAACCAGUCAAAACACAUACAGUGGAUAAUUACUGAGACUUGAUGUUGUAAAAUGUGCCAUAAUGGUUAAUAAGCAAUAAUAAUUUUUGAGCUGUUACACCAAUUACUCGCAGGAAGUGCUUGUUGCAGAACUUUAUAGACGUUUUAGUAACCCAGAUUGUUCAUGGUAAUCUGAAUUAUUAAAAUGACCAUAAAGUUUUUGUGAUCAUGAACUUUUUUUUCUUUAUCAGCACACGUACAGCACAGUUGUUUUGCAGUUAAAAUCAAAGUAUUCUUUCUACAUCAAUUGUCACUAACACUAGUUUGUAACUGAAUAUUUUAUGUGGUAAAUAUUUAUCAGACGAUUAAAUAAAUGUAAAAGCAAGAUUCAUUAAUGAAGGAUAUUGAAAAUGUUCUAUUCAACAGUUGUCUCACCAGUUGUCAGUUUUUCCUUGUCAAAAACAGAAAGAAAAUCAUUUUGAAGAAAACGAGUUGUCUGCUGUUGUUGAAAGCCAUUGUGUUUGUAUCAGGAGAGAUCAACACUCGCUUUUCUAUGAAUUCCCCUCUUAAGAGCCGAUCAGACUGAUAGGAGAAAAUGGACUGCAGCGGGGGCUAUACAAAGAGUGUACAGACAUGCCGUAUAUAAAUAAAGAAUUUAAUUUCUGUAAUUAUAAAUAUGACAUUGUAUUGAUUCAACAUGUGAAAUUUCUCUUUAUUUUGGACUUUUUUCUUUCAGCUGUGAAUUAUUCUGGAUUUAAAAGUUUUACUGCAGAUCUCAUGGUGUCUUGUCAUUAAUGUGCUGGGAUCAGUUAUACAAAUAUAUAUCGCUGCCAUGCUCCUGCUGCCUGAUUCAUACUCCAGUGACAAUGCUGCAUCUCUACA